AUGUGUUUCAAAUACCUCUGUGUGUCAUGCAAGUUGGACAAACAUAUCUGCUGCGAUGACUUCAUCAACUCGGAUCAAACCUGGUGCAACGUCACCACCGAGACGCCGUGGGGAGGCCAGAAACUGCGGUGCCCGACGUGCGAGACAAUCAAAGGCGUGAUCUGGGCGUUGGAAGUGCUUGUCUUUCGGGAGCCGUACCUCCUCACGGAGGGCAUGGCCGGGGCGCCAAAGAAGGGGGCCUGGGAGGAGGAGGAGAAGCGGGGCGGCGGGGCGGACGCGGACGAGGACGAGUGGGGUGAACUGGACGGCUUCACCAAGGAGGAGAGAGAGCGUGUUCGGGCUGAGGCGGAGGCCUCGGUCAUGAAGCGCUGGGGCCUGAUGCGGGCGGAGCAGAGUGCUCAGGGGGAGGGGGAGGACGGCGAGGAGGUUGUUGAGAUGCUGGCGGGCGCGCCAGGAAGUAAGUAG